AGGCCGGGUAGGGCAGGAGUGUGUUUGCGGCGUGGUGUGUCUAGUUGUAUAGAGUGUCUGAGUUACACAGGAAGCCUCGUUCCUUCCUUCUACCCUGGUAGAAGUCAGGAAUUAUACAUGCAGCUGCGCCGAAUCAGCACCGCUAGCUCUGCCGACACCGUGGUGUGAAAUGCAGAUAUAACGGAGGAGAUCAGCCACCUGCCUGCGAGGAUACACACAUACACUUACACAGAGAGAGAGAGAGAGAGAGAGAGAAGCAGAAACCUGCCUGACCGAUGCGGACUGCAGUGGCGUUUCCCGGCUUUACGCAUUCCAGCAUUCCGCACACGCACUCAUGACAAGGACGCGAGCUUCAUGAACACCUUAUAACUCCAUCCGCCGGCAGGUGAUAAAUUGCUUUGGUUGGUGGCAUGGACAGAAUACAAGGUACAGUGCCAUUGGAAACGUACACUGCAGACUGAUAUUUGUUUCAGAAUGAACAGGAGCAGACAGAGAUGGAAAGGAAGAGAGGAAGAAGCUGAUCAAAGAAUAUGGAUGGAUUCAGUAUCUAUAGAAUAUGGAUUUGAUUAAUACAGGACGCUCAGAACUAUAUGCAAAUGACUUAAAAGAAGUGGGAAGAAAGAAUCAGAUGUUUUGUGAUACACCAUGCCUUGAAGUUAAUGUAAUCUGCCUCACAGCAUGAUGGCACCUAAAGUGAGCAAGAUCUACCAGUUGAGGCUUUGACCAGAUGAGGCAGCAUCGGAUCUCAGCUCUGUGACCUGAGCCAUGCAGAAGUGCUUCACAUCCACGCCUCCACCCAAAGCCUUCCAUUCACAGCCUACACAUCAACCUUCCCCACGAUCCACACCUACCCACAUUCUCCCUCCAGAGCAACUGAACCAGUGCGUGAGCACUGCUCUGAGUCAGAGCAUGGCUAGUAAAAAUGUGAAACAGCACCGUUCAUCCUAUUCCUCAGCUGCGGUGCCAGUCUCUGGCCCAGGGACUCCUUCUCGAGUCUCCCAGCAACCUCACGGUUCCACUCAGCCAUUAGAGCUUGGUCAAACAUCUGUAGUUACCUUCAGCUACAUUGAGAAGGCAAAUGUCCAGCAACUGGAGAGUCCACACAGUUUCUUGAGGACGCAGAGAAAAGCCUCUCAGCCACUUAAGAAUGAUCUGGCCUUCUCUGUCUCCUCAGGCCCCUGCAGCAAUAAUAGUCCUUUUCACCAGCAAGCGGGCUCACCCGCUCUCAACCAAGUCACUGUGGGCUGUGGAGUCACAGUGGGUCAAGCAACCACCCAAAGGGCCCUAGAGGACUUUGGGUCUAAAUUUGCACAUGGGUCAGACUGGAGCCCAGGGCAGAAACACAACCAGCAAGUGCAAUGUCAGUCAUGGGCAGGAUCUCCUGGUCAUGACACUUACUCACACAACUAUGAUACAGAAAGGCCAAGUGGCCCAUCAAGUAUCCCAGCCUCACACUGUUCAUCAUCCCACACAGGAAACUCCAACCUACCCUUAGAGCAAACCUCCAGCCCCAGGGUCCAACAAGACCCUAACCUACACCAGCUAACCCAUGAAGGCACAUCCAGUGGGGUGGAUGGCAGUCCUCUCUCAGGUCAGAAAGGCAAUUUGUUGAUCACUAAUGCACAUUCUGAAGGAUUAAACCAGCUCAGUGGCAGCAAUACAUCCUCAGCACUGAACAGUCCAGAGGUAGCACGUAGGCUUGCAUUGGAAGCCACCAAAAUCUCGGUUAUUUUUGAUGAUAUUCGAAAGUCACCUGCCCACAAUGCUUUUGGAGUCCAGAGUGAGCUAGGCAGUCCCAAACAAUCUCAAAACUGCCCAUCACAACACCGGAGCCCACCUAUGAAAAUGAACAUCCCUUUACAAGGGAUGCAUUCCGAUCUUUCUGUAACAAAUGAGGCUACCGUUUGCUCACAAGCAGCAGAGUCUUUAGCCAAUCAUAGCCCUGAAAGGGGUGAGCAUACCAAUUACUUCUGCAGCCCAAUCCCCUUAGGACAGGACCCUGACUCCCCAGCUCUUCCUUCUCAUGCAAUCUGUCCAUGGCUGUCGAAAGGAGACAAGGACUCACCCUUAAGGGACCCUCGUGCAAUUUGGGGUGACUUGUCCUGCACGGACAGUCCCACCCUGCACAGGAGGAGACUUCCACAGUACACAGGUGAAGUCUGGAACCAUCAGGAUACCUGGGAUCUGUACCCACAUGGGCACAGUAAAACCACAGAUGAACCUGCAUCUGACAGUGAGGAGAUCUCCAGGAGGCUACUUAUUGGGCAACAUAUCGAGGAAACACCAGUCAGCUGGACCUUUAUGCAACGGUGGCGGGAGCACAAUGGAAAUGAAAUGGAGAUGCUUAACCCAGUUCAGAGAUCAGAAGAGAGCAAGACAGGAGCAGUGGAGGACCAAGGUGUAGCAGUGGGCACAGAACUAUCGACAGGGCAGGAGACGGUCACUUUAACGCUGGAACAGAAGCAGGCAGAAUGGAAACGCAGACAAGCUUUGCUACUUGGGCCUGUUGUACUGGAUGAAGAGAAUGACGAGAGGGCAGAGGUGGAGCAGAACGGUGUGCCUACUUCAUCGCCAAGCUCCAGUGGGGUCACAGGGAGUUUGGGAGACCAUGAAUGUUUCUCACCUGAAGCCAGCAGUAACAGUAACCAGACAGAACAUGCCAGCUCAGGUAUACAGUCUGAUAGUGUCUCAGCUGUACUGGGGCCAUCGUUGCACUCCCAGAAGAUUGCUCGAGCCAAGUGGGAGUUCCUGUUCGGCACAACAACAAAUACUGUCUCCAGUGAACAAGAGAAAAACCUGUGCACUGCGCCUCCUAGCUGCCACUCCACCCCAACUCCACCCAAUUACCUACCGUUGGAAGAAGUUGCUCUCCGAGCCAAUCAUGACGUGCAGCGUGUCGAGGUGGAGCUUGUGACCCCUCCUCCUGCUGCUCCAGGCACCUCCCCAAAAACGGGCAUAAUUCGUCGGACUCUGAAAUACUCUGAGACGGAUCUAGAUGCAGUUCCAUUGCGGUGUUACUGGGAGACUGACAUUGACGAAGUGCUGCUGGCGGACAAGGACGACUCUGACUCAGCUUUCGGAAGCAACCGUAGUGUGAUGGGCACCUCUGGUACAGGAAGCAGCCCGGUGGGAGAAACGGCAUACAAGAGAACAGAUGGAGAGGAGGACGAGGAGGAGGAAGAGGAGGAAGAUGUGGCCAGCUGGGCGAGUGUUCGCACACAGUGUGAUAUGAGGAGGCAGCAGGCCAGUCAAGAGCAGGAUGAGGAAGAGAUACUCAGCAUGCUAUUCAAGAGGCCCUGUUUAAACAGCAAUCACCCAGCCCUGAAAUCACCUGUUCUAAUACGAGGUCCACCCCAAACUUCUGGUGACUACAUGGACACAUUUAGUCACCACUUUGAAAGCAUCCUGGAGUCACAGCGAGCUAAAGGCACCUCCUACAACAGCCUGGACAGCCUGGAGCUCCUGACCUCCAGCUCUCAGACCAUGCUGACGUUUGACCUCCCAACCCUGACCCCACAGGUGAAGGCUCAGAUGUAUCACAGUGCACGGCAAAUCGUAGAGCUGAGCUUUGCCCCCCUUGCACAUGCUGAGAUGCCCAGUGUGUCUGAGUCAGCACUGACCAUUACGGGAGACACAGAUGCCACAAGGGCACCAUCCAGCGAACGGCUCAGCAGCGGCUCGGAUGACAGGUCAGCUGGUCACAGCUGGACCAGUGAGAAUGUGUUCAUAUUGCCCAGGGAGAAAUCUCAACGGCUGGCGACAGAUGCAAUCUUGGAACAAGAGCUGAAUGAGCGUUUAGGACUGGGAAGCAAUGACACACUAACCAGCAGUAACCGAGCUGACCUGGAGGCUGCUAAGCGACUGGCAAAACGACUCUACAACCUCGAUGGGUUCAGGAAGUGCGAUGUUUCUCGCCACUUAAGCAAGAAUAAUGACUUCAGCAGGAUGGUAGCAGAGGAGUACCUGAGUUACUUUAAUUUUACAGGACUGGCUUUGGAUCAGGCACUGAGGACCUUCUUACAAGAAUUUGUACUAAAGGGAGAAACACAGGAGCGAGAGCGAGUCCUGGCUCACUUCUCACGAAGAUACCUUCAGUGCAACCCUAUCCUCAAACUCUCUGAAGACAGCGUCCACACACUGACCUGCUCCCUGAUGCUGCUCAACACAGACCUGUAUGGCCAGAAUAUUGGCAAGCGGAUGUCCUGCACUCAGUUCAUUGGAAAUCUGGAGGGACUCAACAAUGGGCAAGAUUUCCCUAAAGAACUCCUCAAGGCUCUCUACAACUCCAUUAAGAACGAGAAGCUUCAAUGGACAAUUGAUGAAGAGGAGCUGCGUAAGUCGUUCUCGGAGUUGGGAGAGAACCGUGAAGACACCAAUUCAAGAGGCAUGAAGUGCACAGGGACUGGGAUAGUGCCAUCGUCCGGUGCACUUCUCUACAAGACAGGUUUCCUGGUGCGCAAAGUCCACGCUGACUGUGACGGGAAAAGGACCCCGCGAGGGAAGAGAGGCUGGAAGACUUUCUACGCUGUACUAAAGGGUCUUAUCCUUUACCUUCAGAAGGGUGAGUAUCGGCCUGAUAAGCAACUUUCUGAUGAAGAUUUGAAGAAUGCAGUGUCCAUCCACCACUCACUGGCUAUCAGAGCCACUGAUUAUCACAAGCGGCCCAACGUGUUCUACCUGCGGACGGCCGACUGGAGGGUCUACCUGUUCCAAGCUCCGAAUGCAGAACAGAUGCAAUCUUGGAUUACCCGCAUCAAUACAGUAGCAGCCAUGUUUUCUGCCCCGCCCCUCCCAGCAGCCAUUGGCUCUCAGAAGAAAUUCAGUCGUCCACUGCUACCUGGCUCAGCUUCCAAACUUUCACAGGAGGAGCAGGUAGAGUCUCACGAGGCUCGGUUUCAUGCCACCUCCACAGAGUUGGUAGAGCUCCGCUCAUACCCACCUGACCGGAAAGUCAAAGGUCGUGAGCUUGAAGAAUAUCGCCUAAGGGAAGAGUAUUUGGAGUUUGAGAAAACGCGAUAUGAGACGUACAGCAUGCUGCUGAGAGCGAAACAACGAUGUGGGAGUGACGAUCUUUCAGUGUUUGAGGCCAUGCUGCUGGCAGAGGGCUCACUGCAGAGGGCUCAGUCCAGCCCCAGCCUCCAGGAGAGCAGUGGCAUAUGCAGUACCAGAGACAAGGCUCCUCCCACCACGGGCAACGGCACAGGCACCGGCACUGGCCAGGGCCAGAGACACAGCUAUCGGCAGGCUGUCAAGAAGUGACUCAGGAACCUCACAGAAAGCUCUUUGUAACUAGGAAGUGAGGUCAUUCUCUUUUGUGCCUCGAAGUAGUGGCACAGAUCCUGACUGAGUCUGACUCUGAGAUCAUGAUCUGGUCAAAGAUGUCACAGUGCAGGUGCUGAGGAAUGAUGUGGAGGUACAGGAACGUGUGUGAGACACUCCAUGGUGUUUGUCAAGGGCUGAAUUGAGAGACAGAAGGAAUUUAUCUGCUCAUCUUUUUCUUUUUUCUUUUUUUUUUCCCCACAUCUUCAGUUUCCACGUGUUCUUUCGGAUUUGCACACAUUGAAAUCUCAGAUCGAAUCAAAUCUUAGGACCAAAAGCUCUGUACCUUUAAAAAUGACUGUUAGCACUGCAUCAUAAUAGCAGUUGUGUAAGGGUCAUUCGGUCCAAAUAAAACCGGUGGUGGUGGUGGCGGCGAUCUGUCUUUUUGCAAAACAUACUGAAAUACCACUCACAUAUUUGUUUUAGGAACAAAGGGCAUCUCAUUCCACAAGGUUCCUUCUUAUUUGUGCCCACAAUUUUUAUACACACUCACAACAGCACAGGGCUGUUCCAUUUCUGUGUGGAGCUGGAUUGAAUCCCCAACAGCUCCCUGUAUGAUUUUAGUGCAGCAACAGGGGGUGUGAAAACCUCUACCCUGUGUAUAGCAAUAUAGUCACGCUGGAAGCCAUUAUUUAUGGAUUCUGUCUAGCCCUUUAUUUUUUAUCUAGAAAUCACUUCCCAGAAUCAACCAUGGAGUAAAGAUGAGAGUGAGCACUAAUGAUAAUAAUAAUAACUCCCUACGGCACUAAACAUAACUCCGUGUGGCGCUACAACUUGUGGACUGAGCAGAUGAUGUCAGUAGAGGGAUCAAACAAGUGGCUUUUCUUUCUGAAUGCAAAAAUUUGUAUGCCCCAGAAUGUCUCUUGCACUCAAACUUAAAUAUUCUUACCUUUAUUAUUAUUAUGUCUCUGGAGUUUAUUUACCUUUUGAAUAUUAUAACUUGUUACUUGUCCUUGUUCUUUUUCUUGGUUUUCUUGGCUGAGUGUUUUUUUGUCCAACGUGGCCAGCAUGGCUGAAUAGUGAUGGCUUCUUGUAAUCUCCUCUCUUCUCCAGAAAAGCAGUGAAUCUAGUGGUGAUGAGAAAUAUACCAUGUCUCUUUGGCUGUCUUUUAGGCUUCUCAUGUUUCCUACCUUGCUUUCUGAAUGACCCCUGUUACACCUGGUCUUUUCACGCGUCUCCGAUAUCUGGAUUAAUUCUGGAUGCAUUGUGUUUAAAACCACUUCUUAUAAUCCUAUUUAGGUAACCAUUUCCGUUUAAACGCUGCCUUUCAUGACCAAGCGCCGAUACAUUACAUCCUAAGAAAGCGGGCACCAUUAAAGUGAACACAAACUGUGGUUUUUAUUUAUGUUUUGUUUUGUUUUGUUUUAUAUGGCAACUGACUUUUGCGUAGAACUUGCGUCAAAGGUCAGCGUGGAUUAAUAUGCUUAUUACAGUGAGUUCAGAUUCGGCUAACCACAGAUAUUUGACCAAAAACGGUGAAUGUAACCCUUCAAAUAUUGUACAAGACACUUGAUAUGACUGGGUGUAAAUGGUGAUUUUUCACUUGGGCAGUGGUUACGAAUGGGUCCGUUAUCGUGUUAUGUUUUGUAUGCGUAUAUGAAUGAGUGCUUGGAGAAAAAACAAAACAUGAAAUGUACGUUGAAUGUUCGGUACAUGGAUGGACCAUGGAUUAUCAGUUUAUGGAUCAUCAACUGCAGCUUGUCCAGCAUAGGCCUAUAUUUGUAUGCUCAGUCAGAACAUUUCCAUGUUAAAUUAUUUGGCACGCUUUGACCUGUACGAGAGAUAUUAAUACACAGAUGAAACUGUAAUGUCUGUAUAAUGUAUGUAUAUUAAUUACCGAGGCAUCGUCUAUUAGAAUAUUAUUAACUCAGUGAGUCAUGGUGAUGAGAUUCUGCAAUCACAUUUAGAGAUUCACUUGUUCUCAUCAUAUAUUAUAUUUAUUAUUCUGUUUGGUAAAAUGGUUUCAGCAAGUAAAUGUGGCGUAAAAACAAA